GACAUUUAGAAUAUUGGUUAUGUUAAAUGUUGUGAAAAAGUGAAAUUUUUUUGGUUUCUCCAAGAACAUGAGUAUUUAUAAACAAUUCCAUAACUUCCAGUUAUAGCAGCAAUCUGAAUUUGUAACAGCAAAAAUAUACCACCAUGCAGAACAACAACAGAGACCGUGAGAGCAACCAUUCUAGCUCUAGUAGUCACCCCCAUUCUACGGUGAUGAAUAUGCGUGAUAAAGAAAGAUAUAUCGAGGAUUUUAACUUUCCCUAUUGUGAUUUGACGGGUAAAUACGAAAAAGUUGCUAAAAUAGGCCAAGGAACUUUUGGUUUGGGUGAAAUUAAAAAAGUAGUGCAACAGCUUCUGAACGGACUAUAUUAUAUUCAUAGCAACAAAAUACUUCAUAGGGAUAUGAAAGCAGCUAAUGUGUUAAUAACGAAGAAUGGAGUGUUGAAAUUAGCCGAUUUUGGAUUAGCGAGGGCAUUUAGUAGUACGAAAAAUGGACUACCCAAUAGGUUCACAAAUCGAGUGGUAACACUCUGGUACCGACCACCAGAGUUAUUAUUAGGUGAGAGAAACUAUGGCCCACCGGUAGAUCUCUGGGGGGCAGGUUGUAUAAUGGCAGAGAUGUGGACGAGGUCUCCCAUUAUGCAGGGUAAUAGUGAGCAACAACAACUUACGCUAAUAUCCCAACUCUGUGGAUCAAUAACUCCUCAAGUGUGGCCUGGAGUUGAACAUUUAGAACUUUUUAAGAAAAUGGAACUGCCCCAUAAACAAAAAAGGAAGGUAAAAGAACGCCUAACACCAUACCUAAAAGACCCCUACGCCUGCGACCUUCUAGACAAACUACUCGUCCUCGAUCCAUCGAAGAGAGCCGAUUCCGACACGGCACUGAACCACGACUUCUUUUGGACCGAUCCGAUGCCCUGCGAUCUCGGAAAGAUGUUGGCCAAUCACACGCAGAGCAUGUUCGAGUUUCUGGCACCUCCCAGAAGAGCUACGCAGAUGCGCCAUCAUUCGAUGCCUAGACCGGCGCCUUCGACAGUGCAAGACAGCGGGUACCAAGAUAGAGUGUUUUAAGGAGCAUAGGGAAGACGGACAAAGCUUUUUUUAUUCAAAAUGUUUGAUGACGAGUCGAAGACGCGCAGAUUGAAAAAUAUUUGCCAUGAAGGCGAAAUGUUUAUGUAAAAGCAUUGGUUUCCUAUGGUAAUGGAUAUCUAAAUGAUGAUUUUUCAUCCUUUCCAUAUUUUUGUUUAUUAAUUUCUUUUGCGUGUAUUGAUUUAUUUAUUUUUUGACAGUUGCCGUAUUUGAAUUUUAAAAAAUUGUUUUCUUACAUUAAGAAAGAAAUAUUAUAAAGUAGGAAUUGUGUUAAAUACACAAAAGUUAAAUUUCAGAUUAAAACAAUCUUGGUAUAUAACAUAAUGCCAUCUAAUAUAUGUAUAAACACCUUGUAAUAUAAACAAAAUUUAAAAUAUGUCAUAUUAGUGUGACGUCAUGAUGGCACUUGCUAUGAAGUUAGCUUUAAGUUUUGAUUCUAAAUAAUGGGAAUAUGCUAUUUGCAAAGCAUUUUGUUUCAAUUUAUAUAGAAUCAUUUCAGUUUAGUCAUUAGUAUACUAUUUUUUAGUAUAUAUAUUUUUGUUUUAAGUUUUUUUCAGUUUCCUUUCAUAAAUUAUUCACCUAAAUUGAUCACAUAACCUUUCGAGUUAACUGUGACAUUGUAAAUUUGACAUCUUUCACAAUUGAUUGAUCACUGAUUGAAGAGAUCACUUAAUGAAAAACUCGUUUUUUACUGUUAUAUUGAGAGUAUCCUGUCAGAACGAAUAUAAUUUUUUUUUAUAUAAAAAUAGUUAGAUUUUUGUACAUAUUUUUUAAUUGAGUAUUUUAAAUAACCAUUGCAAUGUAUCACAAGACUCUUCAGUAGCUGUACUGAUUUAGUUUAUGUGAUAUUUGUUAUAUAAUUAAUUAAUUUCUAAUAAAAGUUUACUUUAUGU